AUGGGGACUGCUUUUCUGAUGAAAAUGGAGCACCUUCAAAUGGACCUCCGAAACAUUAAUGUAACUGCUGUACUUCUCACCACAGGUGUCUCUCCUGCAGACAGCACAUACCUCUCCACGCAUGCAAGCUCCAUCCCUUCCAUGGGAAUCAGCAACCCACCACGCAGCAGCACUGCUGCCCUCACCACACGCACUCCCAUUGCCUUCGAGAAUGCUUCGUCAGAUGAUUACAAUUCAACAUCCUUGCACAGCACCAUCUCACCAGUCAGCAUGCCAGCAAACACUGGGAUCAUCCCCACUCACACAAUAGGAACUCCCACAAUGACAACUGAAGAACCUUGUGAUGAUGAUUUUAACUACAUCAUAGAAAGUGUAAAAGAUGACAAUAACAUGGCUAAAGUUACACUGAAAAAUCUCAGAAAAAACAGAAAAUAUUUUAUUUCACAUGUUAACGUGAUGUUCAAUGUGAAUUCCAGUACCUAUAUAAUAAACCUUCACAGAUGCAUGCGAUACACAAUUAAAGUUAAAAAUUGUGCAGACAAGUAUCUUACUAUUCCACCUGAUGAAACACCCAUUACAGUAUUCAAUGAAGCUUGUAGAAAUCUGAGCACUUUAUCACCCAACAAAAAGUACAACUGCACUGGUAACCUAAGUUUUUUUGAAAAGAAGGUUGUCGUUGAAAGCUUCAUCAUAACCACAGAUUAUGGCACUCCAGAAGCACCAGAAAACCUUACAGUAUUUUCUGAUGCCAAAAAUGUAACAGUUAGAUGGAAUAAACCUAGUGACACUUCAAAGGGUCCUAUAGAUGGCUAUCACGUGACAUGCAAUGGCACAAAGACAGCAAUUGAGCAUACGACUACCUUCAUGUGCCACGAUCUAAAACCUUACACCAAAGGUUCUGUGUCUGUGACUCCAUUUACGAACAGCAAAUAUAGUAAUAUAUCACUUCUGGGAAGAACUGAAACAUAUACCUUUACAACCAAAUCAGCAGAACCAGAGCCAGUGAUUGAAGUUAAUGCAAUAUUGACAGCUGAUAAUGCUGUCCAAAUUCGGUGCAAAGGUCAACAAGUGUAUGGAGCAAAAACAGUGUUUGAACUGAGAUGGGAAAAUGAUGGAACAUGUAACAAGAAAGAGAAUUCUUGUGAUUUUAAGAGAGAAAAUCUCUUGUACUUGACAGACUAUACAUUUACGAUCUUGGUGUUUAAUGGAGAGCACAGAGUGCAGCCAGUAAAGCAGAGUAUAAGAACCAGAUAUAAUUCUAAAGCCCUGAUUAUAUUUUUGGCAUUCUUGAUCGUUGUGACAUCAAUUGCUUUACUGCUGGUUCUGUACAAAAUCUACGAUCUUCACAAAAAAAAGCUUAGCAAUUCUUCUGAAGGCGUGAACCUUGUUGCAGUUAAAGAUGAUGACAGGCAACUUCUGAACAUAGAGCCAAUACCUUCAGAGCAAUUGCUGGACAUGUACAAGAGGAAGAUUGCUGAUGAAGGAAGACUUUUCUUGGAUGAAUUUCAGAGCAUUCCUAGAAUUUUCAGUAAGUUUUCAAUAAAGGAAGCUAAAAAAAGCCAUAAUCAGAACAAAAACCGUUACAUUGAUAUCCUUCCAUAUGAUCAUAACCGUGUUGAACUCUCAGAGAUCCAAGGAGACCCAGGAUCAGACUAUAUCAAUGCAAGUUAUAUUGAUGGCUUCAAGGAACCAAGAAAAUACAUUGCUGCACAAGGCCCCAAGGAUGAAACCACAGAUGAUUUCUGGAGAAUGAUCUGGGAACAGAAAGCAACAAUUAUUGUCAUGGUGACUCGCUGCGAGGAAGGGAAGAGGAACAAAUGUGCCCAGUACUGGCCAUCAAUGGAGAAUGGCUCUGCAACGUAUGGGGACAUCAUUGUGAAGAUCAAUGAAAGUAAAACAUGUCCAGACUAUGUCAUUCAGAAAUUACACAUCACAAAUGGAAGAGAAAGGACAGCUGGAAGAGAUGUCACUCAUAUUCAGUUCACAAGCUGGCCAGACCAUGGAGUCCCUGAGGAUCCUCAUCUCCUUCUCAAACUCCGACGCAGAGUUAACGCUCUCAGCAACUUUUUUAGUGGCCCAAUAGUGGUUCAUUGCAGUGCUGGUGUUGGGCGCACCGGGACAUAUAUAGGAAUUGAUGCCAUGCUGGAGGGGCUGGAUGCAGAAGGCAGAGUGGAUGUCUAUGGCUAUGUUGUGAAGCUGCGUCGGCAGCGGUGUCUCAUGGUUCAAGUAGAGUCGCAGUACAUCCUUAUCCAUCAAGCGCUAGUGGAAUACAAUCAGUAUGGCGAAACAGAGGUCAGUCUCUCUGAACUGCAUUCCUACCUUAAGAAUCUGAAAAGAAAAGAUCCUCCAUGUGAUCCUUCUCUCCUGGAGGCAGAGUUUCAGAGAUUACCUUCCUAUAAGGGAUGGCGGACACAGAACACUGGGAAUCGUGAGGAACCUUCCCUUAUUUUAUCUGUAAGAAAACCUACUAAAUUUUUAAAAAAUGAAGACAAUGACUUUAACCGAGUGCCGAUCAGGCAUGAAGAUGAAUGUGGUAAGGAGGGUGAACAUGAUUCAGAUGAUUCUUCAGAUGAGGACAGCGACUGUGAGGAAUCAAGCAAAUACAUCAAUGCUUCCUUCAUAACUGGCUACUGGGGUCCAAAAGCCAUGAUUGCAACACAGGGACCACUGCAGGAAACUAUCGCUGACUUCUGGCAAAUGGUCUUCCAAAGAAAAGUCAAAGUCAUUGUCAUGCUGACAGAGCUGAAAGAAGCAGAUCAGGAACUCUGUGCACAGUACUGGGGAGAAGGAAAACAAUUGUAUGAUGGCAUGGAAGUUCAAAUGACAGAUGUCAACUGUUGUCCUAGCUAUACCAUACGUGCGUUUGAUGUUACACAUCUGAAGACAAAAGAAACACAGAAGGUGUAUCAGUAUCAGUAUCACAAGUGGUGUGGCUUGGAUGUUCCAGAAAACCCCAAAGAUUUAGUCAGCAUGAUUCUCAACCUUAAACAAAAAGUGCCAGCCAGACCAGCCACUGAGGACAACAGGAGUACCCGCAGUGUCCCGCUCGUCAUCCACUGCCGUGAUGGAUCACAGCAGACUGGUGUAUUUUGUGCUUUAAUGACCCUCUUGGAAAGUGCAGAAAUAGAAGAAGUAAUAGAUGUUUUCCAAGUAGUAAAAGCUCUUCGUCGCACCAGGCUGGGAGUGGUCUCCACCUUUGAACAUUACCAAUUUCUGUACGACACCAUUGCCAGUACCUACCCUGCACAGAAUGGACAAAUAAAGAAGAACAGCCAGCAGGAAGAUCAAGUUGAAUUUUGCAGUGAAGUAGAAAAAUCAGAUCAGGAAACUGAUUUGAUCACUAUUGAUCUUACCCCAUCGACGCCAGCGGAAAAUGAGCCUUCUGAAGUAUGUGAUGAUUCUAAGGCUGCAGACAACUCUAAGGGAACAGAAAGCUCUACAAAUGGCCCCACAACUCCAGUUCUAACUUAGAGGCUAUACUAAAAAAAAAAGUGCUUUUUUAUGUGCAAAAAAAUCUUAAAACAAGAAGUAUAAGAUUUCUUCCUCUUCCCACCUCUUUUUUGGAAAACAUUUACUUUUACAUCAGUUUUUCAAAGGUACAAUUUUAAAGAAAUACUUGAAACUUAUGGAGAAUGACAAAGAACUGUGAAAGUUUAACUGUUGUGUAGAUUUGCAUUUAAUGUGUCUUCAGAAACCUCUUCACUAUUUUUAUACUUUUUCUUUUAAAAAUAUGU